UUUAACUUCGAAAAGCUCACAACUUCUUUUGGUUUUCCUCCCUACCCUCAACACCCCUUUUUCAGUUCUUGGUAUUUUUGGCAUUUUGCUACUUUGAUGUUUGCUUCUCAGUUGAAAUCAUCGGUCCCCUCUGUACAUCCUGAUUUAUGCGUUACUGGUUAUUUCUAUUUCUAAUUGGCCAGUGUAUUUUCGGUUUUGCUGACCUUUUUGGCGCUUUCGUACAUAAAAUUGUUUUCUAGUUCAAGUUAUGAGCUUAUAUUACCUCGGAAGUUGUAUAUAUUAGCAAGAGACCAGGAAACGAUUAAAGGAAAUGGCAACCCCAGGAAGAGUUGCUGUUUGAAUUGAAAAUUUUGGUUCAGCGUGGAGAUGGCAACGGAGGUUUUUUCCGUUGUGGGAUACUCCUUUACUCCGAGAAGGAAUUAUUUAAAAAGAUUACCUUUUACUUUGGCAUUCUAGACUAUCUAAAAAUAAUAACUAAUUCGGAAGAGAAAAAGAGAGGCCCUGUCAUCUCAGUAAGUUUUAUGUCUGUCAACAUGGUAUUAUCUCCACUUGCAUCCCACAAUGGCUGUCCUUUGUUAUCCUUCACAAUGCAAUCGCAUUGGCUUGGAUGUGGGGCUUUUGAGUCUUCUAAGUUUGUCGCUGCCAUGCGUGGAAGAAAUGCGAAAGGGCUGAUGUCCAGCUUGAUGAAGUUGUAUGCAAAAGAUCAAAGAAUCGGUGAAGUCAUUAGAUUUUCCCAAAGAAAUUCUUAUGAGGGUCUCAGAAUAAGUGCCUUACCUGCAUCAAACACUUCAGUUAUUCAAAUCAUAGAAGAAGUAUCUAGUUAUCAAUUCAGGACAGAGAACGGUGAUCUGCUGAAGGUGCUUGUCGGGAAGAAAAAUGAUAAAUACAGCUUGCUGAUUAAGGCUCUUUCCUUACAGCUUCCACACAGAGAGAAUGAGCUGGUUAUGAGCUGGGGUCUAUUUAGGUCACACUCGUCAAGUUUCAUGCCUUUAGACUUUCAAGGUUCCACCUUGGAUGGCAAAACUAUUACCAUGGAAACCCCAUUUAUGCAAGAAUCUGAAGGCACACUUGCAGUUGAGUUGGAUUUUGAAUUGACCUUAGCUCCAUUCUACUUUUCCUUUCUGUUGAGAUCUCAACUUGAUGCAGGUAUGAGCAGCUUGGAAAUUAGGAGUCAUAGGAAGACGAGUUUUGUAGUGCCUGUUGGUUUUGGUUCUGGAAAUCCUAGUCCAUUAGGUCUCUCCUUUUCAGCGGACGGCUCUCUAAAUUUUGCUCUUUUUUCACGAACUGCUGAAAGUGUAGUUCUGUGCUUGUAUGAUGGCAAAACUACUCAUAGACCUAAUUUAGAGAUUGACUUAGAUCCAUACGUCAAUAAAUCAGGUGACAUUUGGCAUGCCUCAAUAGACCGUAGCUUCCAGUUUGCAAGUUAUGGUUAUCGGUGCAAAGUAGCUGAAGAUGCAGAGCAAGAGCAUGUCCUCUUGGAUCCAUAUGCCAAAUUGAUUGGAGAUGUUCCUGCAGGUAGUCAGUCUACUUCAUUAUUGACAUGUCUUGGACAGUUGAGCAAGGUACCUCCUUUUGAUUGGGGCCAGCAAAUGCGCCCUUGUUUACGGUUGGAGGAACUAGUUGUCUACAGAUUAAAUGUCAUGCGCUUUACAAAGGAUAAGUCCAGUAAUUUACCUAAUAAUCUUGGAGGUAGCUUCUUAGGUGUCACGGAGAAGUUGCAUCAUUUUAAAGAUCUUGGGGUGAAUGCUAUCCUGUUGGAGCCAGUUUUCCCUUUUGAUGAGCAGAAAGGGCCUUAUUUCCCAUGGCAUUUCUUUUCUCCUGCAAACCAAUAUGGAUCUCCUGGUGAUCCAGUGUCUUGUAUCAAUACCAUGAAGGAGAUGGUGAAGAAAUUACAUAAUAAUGGGAUAGAAGUUCUUCUGGAAGUUGAUUUUACCCACGCUGCUGAGGUUGGAGCUCUAAGAAUUAUUGAUAACACUUCCUACUGUCAUGUCAAAACAGUUGAUGACACGGGAAGUGAACAUGCUUUGAAUUGCAAUUACCCUGUCGUUGCACAAUUGAUUUUGGAUUGUCUCCGGCAUUGGGUGAUUGAGUUUCACAUUGAUGGGUUCUGUUUCGUUAAUGCUUCUUCUUUGUUGAGGGGGUUCCAUGGGGAGUACCUGUCACGCCCACCUUUGGUUGAAGCAAUAGCUUUUGAUCCCUUACUUUCAAAGGUGAAGAUAAUUGCAGAUUCUUGGGAUCCACGUGAAAUGAAGGUAAAGGAAGUCCUCUUCCCUCACUGGAAGAAAUGGGCAGAAAUAAAUAACAAAUUUUGUUAUGACAUAAGAAACUUCUUGAGGGGUGAAGGUCUUCUGAGCGACCUUGCUACUCGUAUAUGUGGAAGUGGGGAUGUCUUCUUGGAUGGUCGAGGCCCUGCCUUCUCUUUCAAUUUUAUUGCUAGAAAUUUUGGACUUUCGCUUGUGGAUUUAGUCAGCUUCAGUAGCUCCAAGCUGGCAAAGGAGUAUAGUUGGAAUUGUGGGGAAGAAGGUGCUACAAAUAAAAAUGAUGUGUUAGAAAGACGACUCAAACAAAUUCGCAAUUUUCUGUUCAUUUUGUUUAUUUCCUUGGGUGUUCCGGUCCUUAAUAUGGGAGAUGAAUGUGGUCAGUCUUCUGGGGGUUCUCCUGCAUAUGGUGAUAGAAAUUCCUUCGACUGGAACGCUCUAAGAAGUGGUUUUAGUAUCCAAACAGUGCAGUUUAUUUCUUUUUUGACUUCACUGAGAAUAAGGCGAAGUGAUCUUCUUCAGAAGAGGAAUUUCUUGAGAGAAGAGAGUAUUGAGUGGCAUGGAAGCAACCAGGCUCCACCAAGUUGGGAUGACGCAGCUAGCAGAUUCCUAGCUAUGACCUUGAAGGCCAGUUCUGAAGAUAUCGAGUCUAACUCAGUUCCUAAUGCCUGUGGUGACUUGUUUGCUGCCUUCAACGUUGCAGAUCUGUCAGAGAGCAUUACUCUUCCCCCACCUCCAGCAGAUAUGGUAUGGUUUCAUUUGGUUGACACGGCCCUUCCUUUUCCUGGAUUUUUCACAGCAAAUGGUGCUUGUAUAGAGGAUGGAUUGGCCACAUAUGAGAUGAAAUCUCACAGUUGUGCUUUAUUUGAAGCUAGACGCCCAAGUGAAUGAAUCUCCAAGAUUGGCGUAUCAAAUGCAUUGCUUUCUGCAUCCUCCGCAUUCUUGUAUUGUUGAGAUCUCCUUGUAAGUACAAUAAACUCUAGUAAAAGAUGGUGUCUGUGUACUUUAAAUUCUAGUAGAAGAUGGUGUUUGUGUACUUUAAAUUCUAGUAAAAGAUGGUAUUUAUGGCACAUGAACCCGUAAUACCCUAUGUAUAUUGAUUAUGCUUAUACUGAGUUAGCUCUGUAACAAAGCCAUUUCGUUUGAGUACUCAAGUUGUAGCUGUUCCUUCUAUCAGAAUGGUAAUGCUGAAACUAUUUUUAUAAAAUCAUACUCUUCUUCUCU